GAAAAGAGUGACAACACCUUAUCGAAUUGGAAAUUUGUUCCGAUAAACACUGAUUGUUUAUUUAAGUUGAUUACACAUCCCUAACUGUUAGCGUCUAUAAAGCCGAUUAACGCUUUUUAAACUACAAAUCAAAAUAUAAAUGAAUAACGAAGAAAAACUUGCUUAUUGGCGCAAUGCUAUCAUUGCUUUAGUUCUUAAUAAUGUGGAAAACAAAAUGCCUAUAAAAGAGGAAGACAUGCGCGAAAUUCUGGACAAAGACAAAAUGCUAUUCAGGCAAUGCCUCCCACUUGUGAUUCAAUCCUUAAAAAAGGUAUACGGUAUCAUUUUGCAAAAGGUACCCGACACUAAAAAAUACAUAUGCUAUUCCGAACUGAGAGUAUCUUCUACGGUAGAGUAUGACGAAGAGCAGUGCCGUCAUCUAACACUGCUUUUUAUUAUACUAUCAUAUUUACUAAUGAAAGAUGCGCGCGUAGAUGAAGAUUUAUCAAAAUAUUUUACAGAGCAACUGUUUGACUUCCUUAAAGGAUUACGCAUUAGAAUCGACGAAGAACAUCCAUAUUUCAAGGAUAAUAUAAAGAAGCUCAUUGGUGAAACGUUUGUGAAGCAGUUGUACCUGAAACGUGAAAAAUCUGAUUCCGAGACCGAUUUAGAAACCAGAUUCUUAUACUCUUGGGGUUAUCGAGCUACUGUCGAAUUCCCUGCGAAAGACGUCUUGCAACAAACUGCACAGAUACUGGGAAAAGAGCCUCGAGAAUUUGUUGCUGUGUACAAUAAAUACUGUGCAGAGGAAAAUGAGGAAACUAUGGUUGUUGACUAAAAGUAAAGGUCAUUUUAUCAGAAAAGUUUGUGCUAUUGUUCGAAAUUCGUUAUUAAAUAAGAGGCGUUCAGGAAAUUAUAUGUACAUGUGCAUAAGUAGAAACAUAUGUAUGUUUAUACAGAAUAAGUUAUUUAUUUUUAUUGAACCCUUUUAGAUUUAAAAGCAUUAAGGUCGGAUUUUUCCGCUCAAGGGAACAUCAAUAUAAUUUUUCGUGAAUUUUAUAAUUUAUUUAUGUAAUCUAUCAGACACAAUUCAAUACAAUCAAAUAAUUUAGUUUGACAGCAAUAGGCGCUUCUCUGCUUAUUCGCGCGUAUCCCGGUUAACUUAAAUUAAAAUUUGUAUAUGAAAGCUUGUA